AUCACAUCAGUUUUCAUUUUACCAUAGGCUCCACCUGUGAAAAAGCAAUUGAUGGAAGACCUUGGUAUACAAAGACACACUUGUGCUGUCAUGAAGAAAUUUGGAUCAAGAGUAUUGAAAGCAUUUAAAACAGUUAUCUCAGCUCAGAAGUUCCCAAAGGCUUCAUUUGCGACAAUCAGCAAGAUUGCUGAAGAUAUUGCACACAUCCAUGAAGAGGGUUGCAAAGGAGAUACAUUGGAAAGCAUGCUUGAUCGGGAAAAACUGACAAAAUAUGUCUGCUCUCACCAAAAUGAGAUCUCUUCAAAACUGUCAACUUGCUGUGAAAAACCUGUGGUGGAACGAGGAGAAUGCAUGGUCCAUUUGGAGCAUGAUGACAAGCCUGCAGAUCUGUCUGAAACAGUCAGAGAGUUUGUGGAUAACAAAGAAGUGUGCCAACAUUAUGCUGACAAUAACGACCAGCAUCUGGCAAAGUACGGCAUAGAAAAUUCAGAUUAAUCCCUAUUUUCCCUAGUGAUAGGGCUGUACAGUAGAAAUGAUUCAUUAAUUGGAGCAGGUUGAAUGAAAUGUUGGGGCAGACCCUGCAUGUUGUAAAGUCAAUCUGGAGAUAGUCACGCACAAUGAAAGGUCUGACUUGAGAACUUUAACCAAUAUAGAAAUGGAACAGUAUGCAGGGAGAAUAAAAGUAAAACAAAAAUCAAGCAAGCUCAGGAGAACUGUGAACUGAGGACCAAAUAAGAUGUCAAAGAGAAGGAGGAAGUUAUGUUGAUAAAGACAUAGGAUAGCUACUCUAAAUAAGUUGAUGUGCAACUGAUUUGCUUUCUAGAACCCAGCUCCUACUCUUGUACGUUUGUUUUUGUUUUGUCAUACAUUGUCAGCUUAGAUGUUGUUGUUGAUUCUUCUGUUGCACCUACUACUGCUACUAGUACUACUGCUGCUACUAUUACUACUUUGUGGGACAUAACCUUAUAAAUGUGUCCAAGGCUAAAGAGCACAAAUCAAAAUCAUUUCAAAACAAAUAAGUAAAAUUGCCUUACUAUUUGUAUCAAAAUUGAAUGGCAGGAUAUUAAUCCAAAGUGAAACAGAAUCUAGCAAACAGAAAAUGUCACACUAGCCCUGUGUGAAAGUAAAGUAUCACUCUGCAAAAAAAAAAAAAAAA